AUGAAAUAAAUAGAACAACUUCUAUAUGAAGGGAUUGUAAAUGAAAUGAAUUAAUCUCACAGAGUUUAAUUUAAAUACUUAAUGAUAUUUAGAUUAUUUGCUUCAUUUUUCAUGACUUAUGCUUUAAUUUAAGUAAGUGUUGUGGCUCCUACAUUUUCACAAAAUUUUCUCUAUUUAACUUUAUGGGGAGGUUAUACUACAUAUUUUUAUUUUGGAUUAGUUAGUAUUGAGAAUGUGUCAUUUUAUAAGUUUAAUAAAUAAUUUUUUGAUUAGAGUUUGUGGAAAUUGUGUCAUAUUUUAUUUAUUGUUGCUUUUUGCUUUGAAUUACCUAUUAUGGUAAUUUAUUGGAGUUAUAUAUUUCCUUAAGAGAAUGGUCUCACAAUUAAUUCAUGGUUAAUAAAUAUAGAUGUACAUAGUAUUAGUUGUAUACUAAUUUUUGUGGACUUUAUACUUAAUGAUAUUUAAUUUUAAUUGAAGUAUAAAAUAAUAUUAUAAUAUAGAUAAUCUAUUGUAUUGAUAGUGAUUGCAAUUAUUUAUUUAAUAGUAAAUAUGUUCUACGUUUUAGUGACAGGAAUUUAAAUCUAUCCAGGAAUCAAUUGGCGAAAUGGCAUUUCAUAUAUUAUAAGUGUAAUUACUCUAGGAAUUAUGUUUGGAGUAUUUUAACUUGGAUUAUUAUAUCAAAAUAAAAUAAAAAAACCAUUAAUGAUGAAUAAAAAAGAAAAAUAAUUAAUGCCAGAAUGA